AUGGCUGCGCCGUCAGCCCCCGAAAAUCAAGAACGUUUGCAGACCGACAAUGUGAUUAUGGAGGAACCACCGACUGAGUCGGAUGUUCUGACAAGUGACAACGAGAGGACCCUUAUUCUUCAACUUCUUCUUCAAUGGCAUCAUGCGAAGGACAGUAAACCAGCGUACUGCCGACAUCGCCCUAGCACCACCGAGCUGCCCCUGACCGCUUUCGAGUACUUCGACGAUGCCGACGAUGAUGACGAUGUUAUAUUGAUUUUUGACGAGUUUUACAUGAUGUUGUUAUUUGGCCUUUCCAAGCAGAAUCGACAAACUGUUAAGGUUUUAACAGUCUUGUCGUUUCUGUCCUUUGUGCUAAUAUCCGUACCUAACAGUGCAUCGUUAUUGAGUCGGGUGGUGGAAGAAUCCUCUGUACAAACCAUUGUGCCUGUGCCUAUAACCGUAAAGAAGAAGGAUUCAAGUACAAAAUUUCAAAACUUCAGAAACAUAAUGGAACAAUCAGCGAACGCAUUGCGAAGAAACAUUGCUUUCCAUGCAGUUUGA